UCUUAUUCUGUUUUUUGCAGACUAAACGCGUCCCCAUUUUUUCACCUUGAAAAUCCUUCAAAACAAUGCGUUUAUCUUCAAAGCAAACGGUCUAUUGUUUCACGAAAUCAAGGCUCUCUCGUCUCAAAUCGGCUUCCCUUUGUACAUCAGCUUCACAUGACGACGAAGCCGUGGAAAUCGCUUCUAUCCUCAGUAAGAAUGACUGGAAACGACUUCUUGAAACAUCAUCAGAAUUGACAAGCAAGCUGAACCCAGACAUGGUUCACUCCGUUCUUCUCCAAAACUCGGUUCAUGAUCCCGAACGCCUCUUCAGUUUCUUCAACUGGGCAAGUCACCGAUCCCCGAACCCUCAAAAUUUGGAUUCUUUUUCUUUUCUAGCAGUUACUUUAUGUAAUUCGAAGAUGUUUCGUAAAGCCAAUAUUGUUUUAGACAGCAUGGUUAGGACUAGGAGGCCCGUUCAGGCCAUUUUGGGUUCAAUUAUUAGGUGCUGGAAGGGCUAUGAAGAGAAUUAUGUCGGGGUUUUCGAGAUUUUGAUUGGUUGUUAUAAGAAAAUGGGUUCUUGGAACGAUGCUGUUUAUGUUUUUUUGGGUGCUAAAAAAGUUGGGGUUUUGCCUGGUUUGGUUUGUUGUAAUAACUUUUUAGGUGAUUUGCUUAAGGUAAAUAAGUUGGAUUUGUUUUGGAAGGUUUUCAAUGGGAUGAUAGAUGCUAAAUUGGUGCCUGAUGUUUAUACUUUUACCAGUGUGAUUAAUGCUCAUUGUCGAGUUGGGGAUAUUGAGAAGGCAAAAAGGGUGUUUAUGGAUAUGGAGGAGAAGGGAUGUAGUCCUGGUUUGGUUACUUAUAAUGUUAUGAUUGGUGGACUGUGUAAAGCUGGUGCUGUUGAUGAAGCAUUGAAGUUGAAAAACUCCAUGAGCCGGAAGGGUUUCAACCCUGAUGCAUAUACUUACAAUACGGUUAUUGAUGGGUUUUGUAGGCAUAACAGAUUUCAGGAAGCGAAAUUGAUGAUGGAGGAAAUGCGUUGUGCAGGCUUAAAUCCUAACCAUUUUGCGUACACAGCUUUGAUUGAUGGGUUCAUGAAACGGGGGAGCAUGGCCGAGGCUUUCCAAGUCAAGGAUGAGAUGGUUGCUUGUGGAAUUAAACCGAAUGUGUUCACGUAUAAUGUGCUUAUUCGUGGGGCUUCUAAGGCUGGUGACUUGGAGAAAGGAAAAGCUCUGUUCGAUGAGAUGGUUUUGAUUGGCAUCGGACCUGAUGAUCAAACAUUUAGUCUUAUGAUUGAGAGUUAUUGUCUACAAGGGAAUUUUCUCAAGGCCCAUGAAUUGUUUGAAGAGAUGAAGGAACACAAGUUUACACCCACGAUGUACACUUAUAAUGGUAUGAUUAGUGGAUUAUGUCACUGUGGAGAUCUUGGUCGAGCUAAUUAUGUUUUUGAGGCAAUGAUUAAGGUAGGGUUGAAGCCCAACGUUGUUAUGUAUACAAAUCUGAUAAAAGGUCAUAUUCAGAAAAGUAGAUUCGAGGAAGCAAGAAAGAUUCUCAAUAGAAUGAUGGAGAAUGGACAAAUGGCUGAUAUCUUUUGUUGCAAUACUCUUUUAAGUGGCUUAUGUAAGGCCCAAAAGAUGGACGAAGCAAGAAGCUUCUUAGUCGAAAUGGUUGACAGGGGGUUGAAGCCUAAUGGAAUUACCUAUCGGACUUUAAUCCAUGGAUAUGCUAAGGCCGGGGAAAUGGAGGCAGUAGAAAGGUGUUUCGGAGAGAUGCAUAGUUAUGGUAUAGCUCCUAAUAAUGCUAUCUAUACUAUAUUGAUUAAUAGCCUUUGCAAAGUGGGAAAUGUAACUGAGGCUCUGUCGACAUUUAGGCGCAUGUCUGAAAAAGGUGUGCUCCCGGAUGUAAAGACUUACACUGCGCUCAUCCACGGCCUUGCGGCAAAUGGUAGAAUUAAUGAUGCAAUGCAACUGUUCUCUCAACUCGAUGAAAAGGGUAUAGUGCCUGAUGUAUUCACUUAUACUUCUCUCAUUUCUGUCUUUUCUAAGCUUGGUGAUAUGGAGGCUGCUCUCAACCUUCAUGAUAAGAUGUGUCAAAAGGGCAUUGCUCCUAAUAUUGUUACAUAUAACGCAAUAAUUGAUGGUCUGUGUAAGUUAGGUGACACUGAGAAAGCUAGGAGGGUGUUUAAUGAAAUCUCACAGAGAGGCUUGGCACCUAAUGUCAAGAGUUAUUCUAUAAUUAUAGAUGGAUAUUGCAAAUCUGGAAAUUUAACUCAGGCAUUUCAGUUACUGGAUAAAAUGCCUUCAAAGGGUGUUCCACCUGAUAGUUUUACUUAUUGUGCCCUUAUUGACGGAUGCUGUAAAGGAGGAGAAUUGGACAAGGCACACUCUUUGUUUUCUGAAAUGGUGCAGAAGGGCUUUGAUCUCACCUCUUCUUUCAAUGCAUUGAUCAAUGGGUUAUGCAAGUCGGGGAAACCAAAUGAAGCUAAGAGGCUGUUAGAAGACAUGGCCAGUAAUUGUAUUACACCAAACCAUAUAACCUAUACAAUCCUAAUUGAUUAUAACUGCAAGGCAGGAAGGAUGGAAGAAGCCGAAAUUCUCUUUUUGGAGAUGCAAAGGAGGAAUCUGGUUCCAAAUAUUGUAACUUACAGCUCGCUUUUACAUGGUUACUACAGAUUAGGGAGGAAAGCAGAGAUGUUUGAUCUUUUCAAAUCCAUGGCUGCAAAAGGGGUUGAACCUGAUGAAAUUAUUUAUCGUCUUAUUGCAAAUGCUUACUUGGAAGAAAAUAGUUUGAUUGGAAUGUUGAAGCUGUUGGACGAAAUACUAGUGAAGGAUGUUGUGUUCGAUAAAAAUCCCGCUUUUCUGCUGCUGGACGCUGUAUGCAAAAGAGAGGAGUUUUCAGAAGUUCCAAAGUCACUUGAAGAAAUGGCAGAACAAGGACUUAAGCUCAGUCCAAUUACAUGUCACAAGCUUGUUCAUGGUUUUCAUGAUAAGGGAAAUCCGGAGAAAGCAGAAUAUAUUCUUGAGAGCUUGGUCUGGUUCGGAUGGAUUCCAAACACCACCACUGUGAAUAGCAUUAUUGAUAAAGAAAAUGAUGUUGCAAACUUGGAGAGCCCUAGCAAUUCUCCCAAGCAAACAACAUGCGGAGUUGCUUGUCAAGUGUAAAACUACGGGAGAAAAAGUUAGACCAUCUGUUCUUUCUUUGCACUUCAGUUAAAAACUUCCUGAAUCACUAAUGGAGCAGGCUCAUGCUAGUGCUAGAGUAGACCAACUCAGCCAGGCUCAGAAAUCAUGGUGUUUUUGAAACCAUCUGGAAACUUGUCGUGUUGGAUGCUUCCUAUCAAAGUGGAAGGUUCAGGUGAGCGGGACACUCGGAAUGGUCAGUGAUAGUAACUAACUUACAUGUAAACGCUGAAUAAGCAAUGUAGGCGGCAGGAGUGGAAGUGUUUGUCACAUUGUUUAGGCCUCAAAGGUCUGUAUUAUUAGUAUUAGUUUUCAUUCUUCUUAGCUGUUGGAUAAUUUAUACCUUCAUCGUCAAUUACAAGCAAGCUUUUGUCUCUCAA